AUGGAACCACCAAAGGACACACUCGUUCGACUGAGUGAAUACGAUGAGGAACGAUCUCCUACAAAUAGCUGUUGUUGUGGUGCCAUACAUAUUCGACAUGGCGCAAUUGUAAUAGCAUUACUGUCCUUAUUCUCAUCCACCGUUAACGGUAUUUUGAUAUGUUUGGGAAUCAGUCGGACAGCGUUGAAUUUCUUCGUUGAAGUUGGUAUGUUAGUCGCAGAUCUAGUUGCGAUUGUCGCGUUGUUCUACGGUGUGAUCUAUAGGCGGCCGGCUUUCCUGAAACCAUAUUUGUUGGUCAAUCAAAACAAUUCAAUCAAUCAAUUAAUUUCAGUUGCUACACUGGCCACAAUAACGAUGAUAUCUGGUCUAUUGGUGACUAUCGUGAUAAAUUUUUGGUUUUUAUACGUUGUUUUCUUGUGUUUUCAAUGGAUGAACGCAUACGUUGUGAAAAUCAACGACUCAACAAGGCCAACGCCUGACGAUGACCCGUUCACCGUUAAAGCGAUAACAAACAAUACCGAUAUCAGCGCUUCAACUCAAAAUCACACCGAAACAAAGUCGAAAGACAACGAUCGCAUGUUUGAUCUCAACAGUACUAGUAAUGGCAUAAUCCUAUGA